UGGUGGGGGACAUCCGCUAUCCGGCCUAAUGGCGUCGACUUAUAAGCACUGUUGUCACGUUUUCCCGUACAGUGUUUCAUUAUUUUGCUUUGUUUAUAUCGUUGCAUUUGAGAGAUCCCGCGACCGCUGAUCGACCCAGGUGUCAUCGCGCGCGGGUGCCGCGACGCGCGCCCCUGUACAGAUAAGCCGGCGUAUUAGUUUUUUUCAUCGGGUUUUGCGGCUGGGACGAGCAACACCCAGGAAUAUCGUCGCCUUCGAUUAGAGACGAGGCUCUGUGACCUUGGAACCGUUGUCAUCUCGCUGAUGGCUAGAGGAUUCGCCGCGAAAUUCGAAUUCCUUCCGAGACGGACAGACGACCAAUUUCAUAACCUCAAGUCGAAGCAUACUCCUCCAAGAUGCUUAGUAAAUAAAGAUUUGAAUGUGUAAAAUUUACGCUAAAAAAUUUAUAUAAAUCAAGCAGCCAUGGAGGUUACAACAGAAGAAGAAGCUCAAGCAGUUUUGCUAGAAGGUAUGGAAGGAACUCAAUAUAUUACUAUCCAAAGAGCUGAUGGAGAAAGUCUUGGUAAAGGAGUACCGCUGUUUACAUUAAAUGGUGAAUUGAUAUCGGAGGGAAUGGUAGUCGAUAUGAUUAAUGGCGUUGGAGCAGAUUAUAGCACAAGCACUCAAUAUUACGAGACUGAAGAUUUAUUGCCUCAUGUAUUGACAGAGGAGGAUCGAAGACUGGCAGCAGCUCUUGUUGCAGUUCAAUUGCAACAGCAGCAAAAACAGCAGCAAAUUCAUAGUCAUCCAAAUACAGAUGAUCCGACUUUACAAGAUGUUACACAACUAGAAAAUUUACCUCCCGUCAAUGCCUAUUCAAUUCAAACGAUUCAAGAACAAAAUCCACCUCCAGUUUAUCCAUUGUUGCAUACUUUUAAAAGAGGGAUUCAGCAUAUAAAAGAAGAGUUCAUUGAUGUGAAGUGCGAAGAUGAUGUAGAUAUUUCUGCGGAAAGUAGCGAAGAUGCAGUAGUUACGCCUGGCCUUAAAAGGUCACUACCUCAUAAAAAGAGAAUUCCUAGAAAAUUAAAGCAACAAAGUAAGAAAAGUGUGGCAAAAAAAGAAGGUAUUCGUAUGAAUCAGGAUGCGUUGAUCACAGAUUUAACUGCAAAAAUUCAGGGAAAUGCCUUUAAAUGUGAACUUUGUGGAAAUAAAUUUAAUGGGCAACUUAAAUUUUUUGAACAUUUAAAGUCCCAUUAUGAGCCUAUUAAGGAGGAAAAAAAAGUUGCAAGUCAACCUGUAAAUAAUAUUAUGAUAACUAUACCUAAUAUUUCUGAAACAUCGGUACAAGGAGUAGUUCAAAAUACAAUUGAAGAAUUUAGUGAACCCGAAGAUCUUAUGGAAGGAAUCAGAGGCGUUGUGGAGGAAACUGGUGCACACAUAGAUGAUGACGACGACGAUGUAGAUGAAAAUCAGUUACCCGAGUCAGGUAAUACGCCGUCAUUGUGGACAAUAUCAGAAGUGCGCGGACCUAUUGAACAUGAAGUCGAAGAACCUUCAAUCAUAAACGAAGAGGACUUAUUCGAAAAGGAGAAGGCAAAAGCACCUGACCCAGUUAAAAAAAAGAAAACGAAAUCGAGGAAAACGACUGAUGAACUCACUUGCCCGAAUUGUGAUCGAUCAUUUCACCACAAAAACAGUCUAGUGUAUCAUAUGCGCUCACAUAGCGGUGAAAGACCUCAUCAGUGCGAAGUUUGCGGAAAAAGUUUUUUUGCUGCAAGCGCACUCAAAGUUCAUAAACGAUUGCAUAGUGGAGAUAAACCCUACAAGUGCGAGGAUUGCGGACGUCAUUUCCGCCAGUGGGGCGAUCUUAAAUAUCAUUCGACGAGUUUGCACUCGGAACAACGUCAGUUUCAGUGCGAAUACUGUGGCAAGGAUUUUGCACGCAAAUACUCGCUAAUCGUCCAUCGGCGUAUUCAUACCGGUGAAAAGAAUUAUCGUUGCGAGUACUGCAGUAAAACGUUCCGUGCUAGUAGUUAUUUGCAAAAUCAUCGUAGAAUACAUACGGGGGAGAAACCACAUCCAUGUGAUGUAUGUGGUAAACCUUUUCGCGUGCGCAGCGAUAUGAAACGACAUAUGCUUACUCAUUCGCGUACUGGUAAUCGUGCCGACAGGUUGCAGUCAAAAAAUACGGCAGCGUUAAAAACGCAGGCAAAUGCGAGUAGCAAUAGUAGCGACGACGAUGGGAUUAACAAAACGAGUAGAACGAUAAAUGAGAUCGUCCAUGAGCUAAAGUUGGAGGUCGAUCCAAACACAACGGUUGUCGAAUUAGUAGGGACCACUGCGAAUACGGAUGAAACUUCAGAAAGUAUUUUACCACAUGUGAGCGUACAGACAUUGGGGUACGCAACAAUCGCGGCGACGCAACCUAGUGCUGGGACUAUUGGUGAAACGGGAAGUGACAGAGAUCCUCUUGAAGCUGUUGUAGCUCGAACAAAUGAUACUUUAAACUUCGACAUGCAAGUAUUUUAUUAAUUUGGAGAAAAAAAAUGAUAACCGGUGAUUGACAUUACUUCGUCUUACAAUAGAUAAGCAAUUACGUGGAUUAAGCUAUUGGUAAUGAGUUUCUUAUCAAUGUUAUAAUUUCUGGGAAAACCCCCAACCGUAAUCAUUCCUGGGAAAACCCCCAACCGUUAUCAUUUCUGGGAAAACCUACAACGACCGUUGGACAUCCGGAAAAGCCAUUACAUCCGAAAAAACAAGUGUACAAUCGCAUCCAUUCUUUCUAGCACCAUAAUCGCCCUCCUUGUUGUCAGCCAACUAAGCCGUCACGUGGAUAUUUAAGGCAAGCGCACGACGAGGUAGGUGCUUUUCAGACAAGAACUAGUCACUCGGGAACUACUUGCAUAAUCUCACGCACUCUCUCAAGGAACCUCUCAUUCAGUGCCAACACGCACUUUCAGCUAGGAAUCUCAUCUCAUGUUGAGAGCAAGCGCACUCUCAACAU